AAUCGCACUAUGCGUCUGACGCGAUCGGCUGACAAUAAGUUUUUUUUUAUAGAAAAAAUGUCAGAGGAUCAUUCGGGAACAGAGUUUGACAGCCUCAAAACUAAGUUUGAAAAUUACAGCGAUGAUUCUCCCCCGCUAAAACGCCCCUUUAGAGAUGAAAAGAAUAUUAAUAAGGAAGAUAAAAUAUGUAAAGUUUGCGGAGAUAAGGCCUUAGGUUGUAAUUUUGACGUAAUAUCUUGCGAAAGUUGUAAAGCGUUUUUUAGAAGGAAUGCUCUUAAACAAAAGCCAGCGAAAUGUCUCUUUAAGGGUGAUUGUAGCAUCGAUGUGAAUACAAGAAGAUUUUGUCCAUUUUGUAGGUUAAAGAAGUGCUUUGACGUUGGCAUGAAGAAAGACUUUAUUUUAGGUGAGAAUGAAAAGAGAAAGAGAAUGGAAAAGGUCUUAAUUAAUCGUCAAAAAAAAAUGAGCAAGAUGAGUGUACCACUGACAACCGAUUCAGCAAUUAGCGACCCAUCUAAUUUACUUUCUUUUUCUAAAUCUGCUAAUUUGGCACCUAUGGAGGAUUCUUACACUCAUUUGGUACCCGGAUUUGAUACGAAUCAGUUUCGGCAAUUAACCCAGCAAGAGAAUUCUAUGCUGGGGGACUUGAAGGAAGUUUUUGAACUAUCAUUCUGCGUCGAUUUGGAACCUGUGAUGCAUAUAUCUAAAAAUAUGAAUCCAAGUUUAAACCAAUUGGUUAAUCAAUCUUCUAUUACUGUUCUUCGAAUAAUUAAGUUUUCCAAGAAAAUACCAGAGUUUGCAAGACUUUCUCAAGAGUGUCAAAUAGGCCUUCUAAAAGGUUGCUGGGUUCAUAUUUUGCUAUUACGAAGCAUAUCUCUUUACAACAUGGAAAGAGACGCCUGGAUGACGCCCAAAGGCGAUCUACCAACAAAUAUUUUAAAGAAUGCAACGGGAUACGAUAAACUUCAUGAGCAAAUGGUUUUAUUUUGUCGAUCAGUUAAGAAUAUUGUUGGUGAUGACAUUUCAAUCAUUAUAUUGCUCAUGAUAAUUGUCACGUUCUCACCUGAAGGGAUGCAUGUACUCAUGAGACAGCAUAUGAGUAAUGUUCAAGAUAAAUAUAUUAUUCUUCUUAAGCAUCAUCUAGAGGCUAGAUACUCCUAUUCGAGAUCAUCAGAGAUGCUCAGCGACUUACUAUUCAAAAUAAAAGAGAUGAAAGAGAUGAAUAAAACUCAUGGUAAUGUCUUUUCCGAUUUAAAUCCAGGUGAAAUUGAGCCAUUUAUGCUAGAAAUUUUGGAUUUAAAAUAG